CUGGCUUAUAAAGCCGCGCAGAGAGUGUGAAACAAAGCAGUUGGAUCGGAAUUGGACUUGGGAGGCGCGGUGCGGAGUCAAGCAUAAAACUUGUUGGAGAGGAAUAACGAGCUGGCUCCUCUCGUCCCCCUCCUGGUCUGCGUUGCGCUUCAGGGGUCCCCACCAGCCUUGAGAUUUAUUUUUAUAUUUGCAUUUUAUAGAGAAAAAAACAUAUAUAUAUAUAUUUCUUCUUAAGAGAACAUUCCUGUUCCAAGAGACUAUAAGGCAACAUCAAUGAAGGAGAGAAGAGCCAGCCAAAAAUUAUCCAGUAAAUCUAUCAUGGAUCCUAAUCAGAACGUGAAAUGCAAGAUAGUAGUGGUGGGAGACAGUCAGUGUGGGAAAACCGCGCUGCUGCACGUCUUCGCCAAGGACUGCUUCCCCGAGAAUUACGUCCCUACUGUGUUUGAGAAUUACACGGCCAGCUUUGAAAUCGACACACAAAGAAUAGAGUUGAGCCUGUGGGACACUUCGGGUUCUCCAUACUAUGACAACGUUCGUCCCCUCUCUUAUCCAGAUUCAGAUGCUGUGCUGAUCUGUUUUGACAUCAGUAGACCCGAGACUCUGGACAGUGUCCUUAAAAAGUGGAAGGGUGAAAUCCAGGAGUUUUGUCCCAAUACCAAAAUGCUCUUGGUUGGCUGCAAGUCUGACCUGAGGACGGAUGUUAGUACAUUAGUAGAGCUCUCAAAUCACAGGCAGACACCAGUGUCAUAUGAUCAGGGGGCAAAUAUGGCCAAACAGAUUGGAGCAGCUACUUAUAUUGAAUGUUCAGCUUUACAGUCAGAAAAUAGUGUCAGAGACAUUUUCCACGUUGCCACCUUGGCAUGUGUAAAUAAGACAAAUAAAAAUGUUAAGCGGAACAAAUCACAGAGGGCCACAAAGCGGAUUUCACACAUGCCUAGCAGACCAGAACUCUCGGCAGUUGCUACGGACUUAAGAAAGGACAAAGCAAAGAGCUGCACUGUGAUGUGAAUCUUUCAUUAUCUUUAAUGAGGACAAGUGAAUCUAGUGUAAAAACAAAAAGGUGAAGUCUGAAUGAAGUGCACAGCCAAAGCCAUGUACAUCGCAGACUUAGGAGGCCCUGAGAGGACACCCAUCUUUGUGGAAUCCUGUCCCUAGGCUCGCCAUGUAGACCACAUGGUGAGAAGUGAAUAUAUUGAAGUGUUUUGGAGUGUGACUUGAAAAAUAUGCCAAAAAAAGAGAUACAAAUGGGCUAGAGAUAGGUGAGGAGGAAGGCAAGUACCUCCAAGAAGAAAAAUCAACCCAAGUGGUGCUUGCCCUUUUGUUUUUUUGGUUUGGUUUGGUUGUUUUCUUGUUACAUUCUAUUCAUGGAUCUCUACUUUGAUUUAAUUUUUAAAUGUUUUAAUCUCCUUUACAAAGAAUAUAUAGUAAUACACCAUCCUCAUUGGGGAACUGGCACUGUGACCUUAACAUUUAGUUUUCUGGAGGAUGUGAUCUAAUUUCCUACUAGCUCAUCAUUAAAAUGGAAAUUGUAUCAGGACCCAUGGGAUUCCAGAGGGAAACUUCAUGAGGCUUUGAAAUCUUGCCUUCCUGAAGAUGGCUGCUGAGAAAGAUGGUCCUAAAGGCAUUUGCAGCCUUGCAAGAUUGUAGGCCAGCACUAUAAAGAUUGCAUAGAUCAAAUAGAAAGAAGUGUUGAUUUUUAUUCAGUCUGAUGGUUCUGUUCAUAAUUGUGAUUGUCAUUAACAAGUGGUAAAUUGCUCAAUGUAAUAUUUUUGUGUGCUGUUUAGAAAAGAGGGUGUGUGAUUUUUUUUUUUUUUGGCCAUCGUUGAUAAAAAUGCAAAGUCAAAUAAAAAUGUCUUGCUUUGUGUCAUAGAAUGAACCAAGGG